AAACAGUUCAAUCGCUUGGUCGUGCUGGUGUACAAGUACAAUACCUGAAAGCCGAAGAACAAGACGACCACGACGAAGAAGACGGCCAUCGACCAAACCCCCAGCAGGCCAACACAGCCGAUUCCAUUCCUCCAUCGGCAAUCCAAUCCGCCGCAACCUGCCAAAAUGUCUUUCCUCGGCUUCGGCCAACCCAAGCCCACCUCAGCCGAGAAGAUCGCGGCCGUGGAGAACGAGCUCAAGGUUGUGGCCGAGAUGCACUCACGUAUGAUCAAGGUCUGCACAGCGAAGUGCAUCGACCGCACGUACCGCGAGGGCGAGCUGUCCAAGGGCGAAGCGGUCUGCUUGGACCGGUGCUCGGCCAAGUUCUUUGAUGCCCACCAGACUAUUUCGGAGCAACUACAGAGGGAAGGGGCGGCGCGCGGGCUCGGUGGGGGGAUGUAGAGACCUACAUCCACCUAAGGUACCUUAGCUGGACAACUCGGGAUGGCUAUUCAUUUGAACAGGUGGGUAUCUUUGAGAAGAAGUCGGUUUUUGGCGUCAUGUAUGAUAACUUGCUCGGGAAGCGCAACAUCCAUGUUGGGGCGCAUGUACAACACGAGAUGGGAUCGAGGGGACCGGGGAAGGCAUAUCUCGGUUUCCUCAGGCACAGGUUUUGGUUGGGUCGUGGGUUAGAUGGGAGCUGUUUAAAACCACGAAACAAGUUGGGCCAG